AUGGCCGAAUCAACUACCAUCUCCAACACGGAGAAUCUCAUGAAGUACAUGGGCCUCGAUCAGAAGGGCUACAGCAUGGCCGAGUACAUCUGGAUUGAUGGCCAGAACGGUGUUCGCUCCAAGACCAAGACUCUCGACAAGCCCUGCAAGGACGUCAGCGAGCUCUCAGAAUGGAACUUCGACGGUUCAUCUUGCGGUCAAGCUCCAAGCGGCGACUCAGAUGUCUACCUCCGCCCCGUAGCUAUCUACCCGGAUCCCUUCCGUGGCGGCGACAACAUCCUCGUUAUGUGUGAGUGCUGGGACCACGAUGGGACACCCAACAAGUUCAACUACCGUCACGAGGCCGCCAGACUCAUGAACGCCAACUCAAAACAAGAGCCCUGGUUCGGUCUAGAGCAAGAAUAUACUCUUCUUGGUCUUGACGAAAGGCCUUACGGUUGGCCUAAGGGAGGGUUCCCAGCUCCUCAGGGACCGUACUACUGCGCUGUGGGAACCGGCAGGGUAUACUGCAGAGAUAUUGUCGAGGCUCACUACAAGGCUUGUUUGUUCGCUGGUAUCAAAAUCUCAGGUAUCAACGCAGAAGUCAUGCCUGGCCAAUGGGAAUUUCAAGUUGGGCCUUGUGAGGGUAUUGAGUUGGGCGAUCAUCUUUGGAUGGCCCGUUUUAUGCUCCACCGCGUCGCAGAAGAAUUCGGCGUCAUCAUCACCUUCGCUCCCAAGCCAGUGGCAGGAGACUGGAACGGUGCCGGCCUCCACACCAACGUCUCAACAGCCGACAUGCGCAAAGACGGCGGGCUCAAGACCAUCGAGUCCAUGAUGGGCAAGCUUGAGAAGCGCCAUGUUGAACAUAUGGAAGUCUACGGAGAGGGUAACGCGGAGCGAAUGACUGGCGAGCACGAGACUGCCAGUAUGGAAAAGUUCAGCUGGGCCAUUGCGAACCGUGGCAGCAGUGUUAGAAUUCCACGACAAUGUGCUGCGGCUGGUAAAGGUUACUUCGAGGAUCGGAGGCCUGCGUCGAAUGCGGAUCCGUACCGCAUUACGGGUAUGAUGAUGGAGACUCUAUUUGGAGGAUUGCCCGAUGAAAAGAUGUCGAAGUAG